UUUCAGGAAAUGAGAGUGAAAACAAAACCACAGAUCUGCAACUUCACAAAUGAGACCUGCGCAUAGUCAUUUUCUAGCUGAAGUUGGGACAUAUUAAUCGACAUAAAAAUAUAUAUAUAAAAAAUGGAAUCUGGUGCCUAUGGGGCCUCGCUGGCCGGAGGUGACUUCGAUUUUAUGAGCUUUGUUAAACAACCUCAAACCAUAGUCCGCAUCUUGAGCUGGAUCUUUUCCAUAGUGGUGUUUGCCACCAUCACUGGAGAAGGCUAUGUCAACCCUUCACUCCUGCCUGACACCAAAUGCAUGUUCAACAGGAAUGACAGCGCGUGCGGCUUCGGAGUGGGUAUCGGAAUUUUGGCCUUUCUCGCCUGCGUCGUCUUCAUCAUACUGGACGCCUACUUCCCUCAGAUCAGCAACGCCAAAGAGAGGAAGAACAUUGUCACUGUUGACUUGGUCUUCUCUGGAGUGUGGACGUUGUUCUGGUUCAUCUGCUUCUGUGUCCUGACCAAUCAGUGGUCUCACACCACCGAAGUAGCAGGCAUCCCUGUCGACGCCGCCCGAGCCGUAGUGGCCUUCUCCUUCUUCUCCAUUGUCACUUGGGCUCUAUUGACUACAUUUGCUUAUACAAGAUAUCGCCAAGGAGUGAGUGACCUUGACCAGGGCUACACAGACCCAGCCAAAGACUACAGCACUCCUUACCCAUCCACCUCUGCCUAUCCCCCGUACCCCACCAGUGGGCCAGAGGGCUACCAGCAGUCCCCUUUCACCCCCCAAAACCAAGAGCAUCCAGCACCAUACCAGCCCCCGUCUUACUGAGGGACUGGACCAUUGACCAGAUUUGGGGGGGGGGGUUGAGUUUUUAAGUUGCCAUUGGUGCCUGUAGCCUGGUCCCAGAUCUGUUUGUGCUGUCUUGCCAACUCCUACGGUCAUGCCAAACACAAAAAGAUCUGGGACCAGGCUAUGUUGCCUCAGCUAUGUGGACUGAUCUCAGCACUCCACUGGUCCUCUCCUUUCACCUAACUGUUUAAGUCUUAGCUGGUGUUGCGCUUACAUAAUGAAGGGUGUGUUGACAUGAUUUCAGGUGGUAUUCAUAUUGUAGUUUAGGUUGUGAAUGGAUAUUUUGCUGCAUUUUUAUACAUACAACUAGAGUGCCUGAGCUGAGCUUCAGAAUCUAAGGAAAACUGUUACUAGGGUAAAACCUAGAAUGCCAUGUAAAAAUAUGAGAUUCAGAGUGCCAUCACCACUUGAGGUAACUGCCAUAUGUUCUUUCUGCUGUUCUCUGCACUGUUUGUCUUGUAACAUAUGUAAUGCAGUCAUGUGGACACUGAAGUUCAGAUCAAACCACUAAAACAUAUGUCGCUGUCGCUGGAAACAUUGCUUUGUAUUGCAAAUAAUGAGGCUAUGCUAUGCUAUGCUAUGCUAUGGACACACUGUAUUUUUCUAUGCUGCCUAAUCCAGUUAUAUGGUAUAGUGCCUAUACAAAUACCUUCUGAUCAUUUCAAUGUAUUUCAACAUUCUAGCCAGCCAGGAUAUCAGAACUUAUUGCCAUAUAUCUAGAAAUCAAAUGUAUUGCUAAAUUAUUGACAAACGAAGACUGUUUUUGUUUUUCUCUGCAAACCCAUACUUUUAUUUGUCCCAAUAAUGGGUGCACUGUCUGAAAAAUGCUACCUUUAACGACUACUGUAUAUCAGUGCUUUUAAAAACCACCACUGAAUUCACUCAGAGCCUAUUUCCUGUACCCAGUUUAAACCUACUUCUGGACUGAAACUCACGCUUAAUGGAAAAGCUCCAUUGCAAGUAGAUUUUCGUCCAGGAAUAGGUUUAUUAAUCUUGGUCUGGGAAACCAGCCGUACAUUUUUGGGGGGUAAAUUGGAUAACACGUUAUCUUUCUGUCAUUUGUAGUACAUGCUCCCAAGUCAUAUUAACCCUUUCAUUUGAUCUUUAUUGUAGUUUCAAACGAGUCUGUAAUAUAUUUGGUAAACGAGGGUGUGUGUUUAGUAUCAGGAACGCCCUCUCCUCAACUUGUUUGUCUCCUACCUUCAUCUAUUCCGAACGUGCCUGGGAACGGUUUUAUUCAGUUCUGGUGUGUUCUUGUCCAUGACACACACCUUUUCAGACAAACUCAUAUCAGAAUUCUCAUAGAUGAGUUUAACAAAAUACCAUCUAGUAGGUAAUAUAUACAGUAUAUUGAAUUGUAAUGGUAUUCCAUUGAAAAAAAAUGAGUAGGCUGCCAGUACGUUUCAAUAAACUAGUGAACUAUUAACAAAAUAUAUUUACAAAAUAAUACAUAUGGGAGCAGUCAGCAUACUACACACAACUGCAAUGUGUUUUGACUACUAGUCUUCCUCAGGCAGCGUUGUGAUAUUAGAUUGAAAAUAGUUUUGUAAAUGACCUAUGCCUUUUAAUCCUCCUGGGCAUGACAAUGAAUUCCAUACAGUACCAGAGUAAGAACCUUCAUCAAAAACGACAUAUGGUCCUGCCUUUGUUCUUGGUAUAUCUUUGGUACAAGCUCAUUUAUUUACGUUAUCUCUGAUGAAGUGAUCUCACCAAUUAUUAUGCCCUCUGUCUUGGGUUUCAAGAUUGCACUGAGUUGUGUAGUCUGUUGCACAAAGUGCCUUAUAAAAGCCUACUACACCACCAACCGAACCUUUGCCAAAUAAAGGCUUUUCCUGUUUGGA